CUCAAAGACUUCCGGUUUACCGAGAAUGGAGAAAAUGAAGAUUCUGAAGGAACUCGGAGGGAAAGGAUGAGGCUCAUUGAUGAACAGGCUGUUCAUGAGAAUGAAGAAACUCAUCAAUGGAAAUGCUGAGGAUUGACAAACCUUAAUUUUAACGUAUUUUGGUAAAUCCUUAUGAACAAGAUAUUGACAAUAAUGGGCAAAAUUAAAAGAGAACCAAAUGAAAUGGUUGAGUAUUGAAUUGCAUAAUGAUUUAUAACAUAAGAUGUAGUCGGGGGUAGAUCCCAUUGGCUUAUGACAACCAUUUAAAUGUUUUCCCGUAGUUGUCUCCCCUGCUUUAAACUUGGUCUCCAGCGUCCACUCCGACAAAGAAAGAUGCUGGUCAAUAGGAAGACAAGUUUCAAGGAUAGCCACCCACUGGCUGACUACGGGCCGGACGAGAAUCUCAAUGACAACAUCGAUAUUGAUUGGGUCAACAAAACCUGGGUGCGACGGUUGCUACGUUUGUGUGCCCUCAUCAGUAUAAUGUCCGUCAGUAUGAAUACUCCCAAGACUUUUGCGUACUAUAAGGAGCUGGAAUACUUCACCUUUGCUUUCGACCUUAUUGUGACCUUCCUGUUCACCGCUGAGAUGAUAGCAAAGAUGCAUAUCAGAGGAAUAUUAAAGGGUGAGGCUCCGUACCUGAAGGAUAGAUGGUGUCAGUUUGACGGCUUCAUGGUUCUUUGUCUCUGGAUCUCCGUGAUAUUACAGGUGUUUGAGAUGACGGGAGUUGUUGGACAAUUUUGGUCUAUUCUCCGAUGUCCUCGUCCUUUAAUUUUGAUCCGUGUUUUCAGAGUUUUUCUCAAGUUUCAACUGCCAAAGGCUAGAAUAAAUUCCAUAUUCAAACGAUCUGGCCAGCAGAUUUACAAUGUGACAAUAUUCUUCCUAUUCUUCAUGUCGCUGUACGGAAUCCUUGGAGUACAGUUCUUUGGAGAACUUAAAUAUCACUGUGUUCUCAACACCUCAGAUCCCAACAACGUCUCCAUCAUGGACCUUGCUAUCCCGGACACAUACUGCUCUCCCAAGCCUGAGUAUGGCUACCAGUGCCCACCUAAUAUGACCUGUAUGGAACUCCAGUUGGAACGGGGAGAGAGAGGCUUCAAUGGUUUUGAUGAGUUUGCAACAAGUUUUUUCACGGUGUAUGAAGCAGGCUCCCAGGAGGGAUGGGUUUUCCUGUUGUACCGUACCACUGACAGUCUACAAUCCUGGCUGGCCUUUGUCUACUUCACAACACUUAUAUUCCUCAUGGCUUGGCUUGUAAAGAACAUUUUCAUAGCUGUGAUCAUCGAGUCGUUUGCCGAGAUUCGCGUGCAGUUCCAGCAGAUGUGGGGGCCAAGAAAGAGUGCCCCAGACUCUGACUCCUCUCAGGUGAUCCAGACAGAGGGGAACACAUGGAAGAUGGUAAUGAUAGAUGAGAACAAGGCCCAGGGAAUGGCUCCCCCUGUGUUCCAAAGAAUCAUGUGUUCCAAUGUGUUCCACACAUUCUUCCUAUUGUUGGUCCUUGCCAGUGCCAUCACGGAAGCCAGCCUCUCCUUCGAUCACAAGACUCGUUUACCUGAAAACAAGCUAGAUGGAUUCUACUAUGCAGAGGUAGUGUUCACAGCACUGUUUGUGUUUGAGGCUAUGUUCAAGAUCUGGUGUCUGAGCCUACAGGGAUACCUGAAGCGAUCACUCCACAAGUUUGAGUUAUUGCUGGCCAUUGGUACAAUGCUACAUAUCUUCCCCAGUCUCUACCGAUCACAGUUUACAUACUUCCAGGUGUUACGAGUUGUCCGUCUGAUUAAAGCCUCGCCAAUGCUUGAGGACUUCUGUUUUAAGAUAUUUGGACCUGGUAAGAAGCUAGGAAGCCUCAUCCUCUUCACCAUGUGUCUCCUCAUCAUUGCCUCCAGCAUCAGUCUCCAGCUCUUCUGUUCAAUCAAAGAUUUCAAGAACUUUGAGACAUUUGUUCAGUCCCUUAUGUCCAUGUUUCAAAUCCUGACCCAGGAGGGCUGGAUUGAUGUUCUCGAUGGCGUGUUGGCACACACCAGCAGUGGCUUUUUACAGCUGUUUAUUGCUUCUUAUAUCUGUCUGUACCAUCUCUUUGUAUCGUUGGCUUUCAUGUCAAUGUUUCAAAUUCUUGCUAAUAAGGGCUGGAUAGAAGUGAUGGAAAUCACCAUGUGGGAAACAGGUGAAAGCGUAGCGCCCUUGGUAGCCAUUUAUUUCAUAUUCUACCACCUUUUUGUUACACUGAUCGUGAUAAGCUCCUUCGUAGCGGUGAUCCUUGAUAAUCUGGAGUUGGAUGAGGACAUCAAAAAACUCAAACAGAGGAAGGCCCGAGAACAGAGCGCUGAGAUUCAGGAGACUAUGCCACUCAGACUGAGGAUAUUUGCUAAGUUUCCGAAUCACCCUCAGAUGGUUCACCUGACAAAGUUGACGGGAGAUUUCAGUAUCUCUGACAUCCGUGAGAGCUUCAUGCGACAAUUCAUGGGUCAGGAAUUAAACCUAACUGUGGACAUACAGGAACACCAGGAGGAGACAACUCCAUUUAUGAAAUCAACACCGCUGAAACUGGUGAAACACUCGGUGCAGGGGACAAAGAGUGGAGGAGUGGUGGAGAAGAAAAAUGGAAUCGCCAUGAUCGUUAGGGACUCGGCCCAGCAGAAGAUGCAGGUUUGCGGAUCAACCCAGCUGGUGGCAUCUGGGCCAAAGUCCCUCCUGUCACAGCAGUACCAGCUCCGUAUGGACAGGAGACUUUAUCCCAAAACGAGUAUGAGAGGUUCCCGGCCAGGCAGUUUGAGAACAAGCACCAAAAGUCCCGGGGGAACUGCGAAAGAAAACGGCGAUCUCCAUUAUGGUGUUUCCCACAUCAUAAACCGUCGUAAUGAUGAAUUUGACAUCAAAGUGUGGCAGCAGAAAAAGCAGCAAGCAGAAAUCAAAAGGAACCAACAGGAGGAGGACCUUCGAGAAAACCAUCCAUUUUUUGACACGCCUCUGUUUGCUGUUGGAAGAGAGUCUCGGUUCCGUAAAUUCUGUCAAGUGGUGGUAAAUGCAAAAUACAACUACAUGUUGAGAGAUCCUGUUACUGGCAAAGAUAUCAACAGCAAGUACAAACGUAUACAUAAGCUGCUGGGCCUGGUGACUUACCUUGACUGGGUUAUGAUCAUGGUGACCAUCAUGUCCUGUAUCUCCAUGAUGUUUGAGACACCCCUCUUCCGACUCAUGGAUCAUCUCAGCCUCAAGGUGACGGAGUACUUCUUUGUGAUCUGUAUGAGUAUUGAGAUGGGACUGAAGGUUCUGGCCAAUGGCUUCUUCUUCACUCCUAAAGCUGUAAUCAAGGACUUUGGAGGCAUUCUUGACCUCUUCAUCUAUUCAGUUAGUGUGAUCUUUGUAUGCUGGAUGCCACAGGAAGUGCCGCCGAUCUCUCUGGCCCAGGUGUUUGUGAUCCUACGCUGUCUCCGUCCACUCCGAAUCUUUGUACUUGUCCCACAUAUGAGGAUGGUGGUAUAUGAGCUGGUCAGGGGAUUCAAGGAAAUUCUGUUGGUAUCUGUUCUGCUGAUCGUCCUCAUGUUCCUGUUCGCUACCUUCGGUGUGCACCUACUGGGGGGUCGUUUGGCCAGGUGUAACGACCCUGCCAUCCUAUCUAGGGAGAACUGUACGGGAAUCUUCCUGAAUCAGGUGUUUGUUACCAAGAUGAAAGUGAAAGUCGUCAAGAACCAGCAGCCAGGUUUCUAUGUUCCGAGGACAUGGACAAAUCCGUACAAUUUUAACUUUGACAACAUUGGAAAUGCCAUGUUAGCGUUGUUUGAGGUGCUGUCUUUGGAGGGUUGGCUGGAAGUCAGGGAUGUGAUUAUAGAACGUGUUGGAACGGUCCACGCCAUUUACGUACAUGUGUUCGUGUUUAUUGGCUACAUGAUUGGACUGACACUGUUCGUCGGUGUGGUCAUUGCUAACUACAGUGAAAACAAGGGGACAGCUUUGCUCACUGUGGACCAGAGGAGAUGGCUGGAUCUCAAGGGCAGAAUCAAGUUAGCUCAGCCUCUUCACAUCCCCCCUAAACCAGAUGCCACUGGCCUCCGAGCCAAGAUGUAUGACAUCACACAAGACACCAUGUUCAAACGUGCCACAGUCCUUCUUGUUCUCCUCAACUGCAGCCUCCUAGCAGUACCAUGGAAGGAAUCAAACAUGCCCACGACCUAUGCCCUGGCUACAGUAUGUGCUAUUUUUACCAUGAUGUUUUUCUGUGAGGUGGUGAUGAAGAUGAUAGCUCUGUCGCCGCGCGGCUACUGGACAAGUCGUAGAAACAGAUUUGAUAUGUUUGUCACCUUUCUAGGACUCAUCUGGAUCAUCCUCAAUUUUACAAUAGGGAAUGACCAGACCCAUUCCUUCGGCUUUAUUGUGAUUGUUCUGCGGUUCUUCACCAUUACAGGAAAACAUGCAACACUCAAGAUGCUGAUGCAGACUGUGGUCAUGUCCGUGUUUAAGAGUUUCUUCAUCAUCAUGGGAAUGUUCAUCCUUAUGAUGUUCUAUGCCUACGCUGGUGUGAUCCUAUUUGGCACGGUCAAACAUGGCUUCGACCUAGGAAGACAUGCCACAUUUGGAACCUCCUCCAACGCUAUAGCUCUGCUGUUCAGGAUUGUCACCGGGGAAGACUGGAAUAAAAUUAUGCAUGACUGCAUGGUGAGUCCUCCGUUCUGUACGCUGGCUGACCCUGGCGAGAAUUACUGGGAGACAGACUGUGGUAACUUCACAGCAUCACUGCUCUAUUUCUGCUCCUUCUACAUCAUCAUCACCUACAUUGUCCUCAACUUGCUUGUUGCUAUCAUCAUGGAGAACUUUUCCCUGUUCUACUCCAAUGAGGAGGACGCCCUACUCAGCUACAGUGACAUACGAAACUUCCAGAACACCUGGAAUCUGGUGGAUAUCAGUAGGAAGGGUGUAAUCUCUGUGAGAAAGGUGAGACUGUUACUACGGUUACUGACAGGUCGUUUAGAGGUCGACUUGGAAAAGGACCGCCUCCUCUUCAAACACAUGUGUUAUGAGCUGGAACGACAACAUGGAGGCGCCGAGGUCACAUUUCACGAUGUGUUAAACAUGCUGGCGUACCGGUCAGUGGACAUAAGUAAGAGCCUGCAGCUGGAGGAAUUGCUCGCACGACAGGAGCUGGAGUGUACUAUAGAGGAGGAGGUGGCCAAACAGACCAUCAGGAACUGGCUGGACAAGUGUCUUAAGAGGAUAAGGGCGAGAGAGCAUUCCAAUAUUCUGACCAACCUGCGGGCCACCAAUGAGCCGUUGUUUACCGUCACAGAACAGCCGUCCAGUGCCGCGGAGAGUAGUGAGGAGAGUAAGGAUGAGGGUCCAACACUACCCCGGACCAGGAAAAAAGGGACUGUGGAGCUCCAGCCUCCCAACAUCCUAGUACAGCCUCCACCCCUCUCCCCCCAGGGCUCCUUUGUCAGGAAGUACUUAAACCCCACCCUAGGGGAUGGUCUCAACCGGGGGGACAAGGAUAGACCUGGGCUCAAAAAACGCAGCAUUAGAAACUCCUCAGGGGCCAAGACCCUUGGGGUUAGUCUGGGCCAGGUGACUGAGACUGCCCCAGAAGAUGUGUCACCCACACAUGAGAAAGUGCUGCAAACUGUCCUGAUUGGAGCUAAUGUGUCCAACAAUGUUCAGUCAUGGUGGAAGGAUCAGCUAGGGGGAUUUCCUGUACUUGAUAUUGACUAACUGGAGGAUUUCCUGGAUCCUUCAGUAGGGAGAUAGGUUUUGGAAGGCAAAUGGUCUCCUCCUUGAAUAUAGUUGGGGGUACCCUUUCUUAAAAUCUUUAAAUAGAGUUGGGGGUACCCUUUCUUAAAAUCUUUAAAUAGAGUUGGGGGUACCCUUUCUUAAAAUCUUUAAAUAGAGUUGGGGGUACCCUCUCUCAAAAUCUUUAUAAAGUUGGGGAUUUUAGAGGGUGAUUUCAGCAGUUCUCAGGUAAGGAGGACUGUCUAUAUGUGAUCAGAGAUAACAAAAAUAAAUCUGGGGAGACUCUUUCUUAAGAUAGAACUAAAGGGUGAUUUCCUACCUAAUUAUAGAGAGAAUGGGAUAGACCAGGAAUGACACAUGUAUCCUUCAUAAAAAAGGGAUUCCUGGGUUUUUUUAACAUAAAAAAACAUGUUAAUGGGUUAGAAAAAAAUAUUUUUGCAGUAAUUAUUGCCCGUUCAAUAUGUUUAAAGAACAAAUUGUGCAUUCUAUGAUAUUAUUUGCAUUGAAACCAAAAAAUGAAGGUUUAUUUGUUAAUAGAAUAUAUAGAAGUUGAAUGAUCACUCAAUUUUAAUGAAACCUUGGUUUUAUAAUUUGUAUGUGAACAAUUUGUUGUGCAUGAUUUUUGAUGGACCAGUUUCACAGGCACUAGACUUCAUGUUAUGUUAUUUCAUGCAAAGAAUUUUUUAAUUUCAAAAUCUGGUAAUAUAUAUCUUUCAUUCAUUAUUGAAUUUUGGUCCUAUGGAAUCUAUAUUAGUGUAUUGGUAAUAUAUUAUGUCCCGGAGAUGUUUAUCAAUUAAAACAAGAUAUGUGUGACUUUAUGUGUGCAAGUUAAGUCCACUAUCAUGAACACACUUCAGUAAAAAAGAUAUAUAAUAAAUGAUGAUGUCAUCAUUUUUUUAAUUGUAUAGGACACUAACAGAUGAGAAUGAGAGGUACAGUGGAGUUACCUCCCUUCCAAAGUGUCAAUUUUGUUCAUACAAAUUAUUCUGUUUUACCUUGAAGUGCAAUAUAUAAUUGUUUACUAUGUGUGCAAUACCAGCUAGGGGUGAGGAACAUGUUUAUGGUUGUACAUCGUGGGUGUAAAUGUCCAGUAAAAAGAAAUAUUAAUUUAAGAUUGGUAUCAAAGUAAUGAUUGGUACUUGUCGAGAGAAAACAAAACUAAAUUUAAAUAGUCAUACAUUGAUCUAUAAUCAUUCAUUAGUUGUUUCACCAGAAUAAAGUCAAAACCUUCCAGCUUUUUUUUAAUACAUUUUCUUGGUGGACCUCAGUUAAGUGUUUAUGAUGUUUUAGCUAUAACUUUUGUAGAAGUGUUUGAUUUUAAUUCCUUUUUAUAGUUUUAUCUCUUAAGAUAGAUUUGUAACAUUUACUUUUUUAUAGUUUUGUUGGGGGGGGGUUCUAGAAAAAGAGUAUUCUUUAUCAAGCAACAUACUUACUGUACUAUCAGUCAUUGAGAAGUGGACACAGCCCAGUGGAUGUUUUUUAUUUGGUUUUUUUUUUAUGUUUUGUUAAUUGUACACCAAGACUGGUCCACAGAAGUAAGAUCUUUGAUAAACCGUUCAUCUAAAAUCAGACAAUGAUUUAAAUUUUCUAAAUUAAUUUGGAAAACAGUGGAAUACCAUUUCAGAUAUUGCUAUGGCUUCCCGAGUAUUUUGGUUCUAUACAAACCUAUUACUGGUACCUAUUUAUUGAGAUUUGGCUGAGAAGUCUACAAGGAAUCUGUGAUGAUACUUUAGACAUGUACAUCAGCCAAAACUUGUUGUUAUAUCAAGUAUGUGUUCUUAUAUACAUAUAUGUGAUGAUAUAUAUACUUAAUAAAUGUAUGUUGAU